CGCACCCUAAUGUUUUGCCAGCAAUAAAAAAACAGAAAUGACUUGGAGGGGCUGAUUUGCCGAAAUGUGCGCGCCAACCCACGAGAACGCCCAGUCCGACAAGUGAUAAAUAAAUUUGCAACAAAUUUCGCUCCGUUUCGCACACAAUCGACACACACUCCUCCUCCCCCCGGGUCCAGACACAUACACGCGCGCGCAAACAUACACGCGCAUAGUGAAAAAAUUGCAAUAGAAAAGGAAAAACGCGUCUGCAAAGAAAUAGCCGUGCCCCGUGCUGCGUGCUGUGGGAAAAUCGAUCGAUUUUCUUCCCUGGCCUGCAAAAUUGAUAGUCCGUAGUUUAGUGUGUUUCGGGAUCUCUUUUAUUUGAGUUUUUUUUUCGGUUUUUGCGGUGCAAAGUACGCACGCUAAGCGAGUGAGCGAGAGCGGUGAACCGGUGAAGAGAGGUGAAGAAACGCGAAGCAGCGGCAAUUAGCAAGGCUUUGCGCUUAUAAAUACGUAUAUAUAUAAAUAUAAUAAUAUAUAUUCCAUAUUAAAAUCGCGAAUAUUAAUGAAACAAAAACAAGGCGGCAGCAUUGACAAAAUUUUCUAAUACAAAAAUAAACCAAACAAAUCGGCGCCGCUGGCAACAGAGCGACAGAGAGAGAGCGAGCAGAAGGAAGGGCGAGCGAGCAAGAGAGAGAGAGUGGGAGAGGCGCCAAAAAGGUUACGGAAAACAAGAACAAGAAGAAGCUGCUGCAACACCAACAAUUUCUGAGAACGAGAGCGAGAGAGCAAGGCGUCUUGGGCGCGCGUCAUCGAUAUUGUAUCUUCAAUUGUUUACACGACUGUCUCUGUUUGUAGUGUGUAUCGUUUUUGCGGCACACCCAAGGCGGAAAACAGCUGCCACGCCUCCCCGCCUCCCUAAAAAAAAAAAAAAAAAAACAGCAACACCAACCUGCAACGAAGGAGAGCCCAGAAAAAGACACAGACAGGGAGCGCGAGUGCGAGCGAGAGAGAGCCUUUCCUUAACGAAAAAAACAAAUUCGGACAGUUCUCUUCAUCUACCCACUUCCCGGCCUGGCAUGGAAAUAGUAUGAAAUGUCUGACCAGGAACCAGAGCUGAGAGUCUCAAAUGCAAGCAAGGCAACGCCAGCGGGAGUAUCCAAGUCCACCAAUAGCUGAAGUGAAAGUUGCUGCGGAAUCGCCCCAGGAGCUGAUAGAGGAUCCCGUGCACUUAUCAGGCCGGUGACUGGGUUAACUUCCGGUCCGUUUCGUUUCGUUUUUUAAGCACAAACCAAACCAAACCAAAACAAAACAAAAUAUAUAUAAAAAACAUAAGGAAAACCAUUACGAAGCCACUAGGAGAUAGCAACCAAGCAACAAGACUCAUCCAGUCAUCAUUCAAUCAUCCAGUCAUCCGGAACGAACGAACAAAAUACGCGGGCCAGACGGAUCUGUCGCAGCACAAGUCUACUUAAGGAAGGAAUCGCUUGGACUAUAGCCAUUUAAUAUAUAUAUAUAUACAUAUAUAUAUUUUAAAUAAUUAAAACAUCACACUACACACCACACACAACAUACACACACCCGCAAUCAGGAUGAACUCCACCACAAAGCACCUGCUGCACUGCACACUGCUCAUCACUGUGAUAGUUACCUUCGAAGUAUUCUCCGGCGGUAUUAAGAUCGACGAGAACUCGUUCACGAUCGUCGAUCCAUGGACUGAGUACGGCCAGGUGGCCACCGUUCUGCUGUACUUACUGCGCUUUCUCACGCUCCUCACGCUGCCGCAGGUGUUGUUCAACUUCUGCGGCCUCGUCUUCUACAACGCCUUUCCCGAGAAGGUCGUCCUCAAGGGCAGCCCCCUAUUGGCGCCCUUCAUCUGCAUCCGUGUGGUCACGCGCGGCGACUUCCCCGAUUUGGUAAAGACAAAUGUGCUGAGGAAUAUGAACACCUGCCUGGACACUGGAUUGGAGAACUUUCUCAUUGAGGUGGUCACCGAUAAGGCGGUGAAUCUAUCGCAGCAUCGUCGCAUCCGUGAGAUUGUUGUGCCCAAGGAGUAUAAGACACGAACCGGAGCGUUAUUCAAGUCGAGGGCCUUGCAAUACUGUCUCGAGGACACGGUGAAUGUGCUGAACGACAGCGAUUGGAUUGUCCAUUUGGAUGAGGAGACGCUGCUCACCGAGAACUCGGUCCGGGGCAUUAUCAAUUUCGUCCUGGAUGGCAAGCAUCCGUUUGGCCAGGGCCUGAUCACGUACGCCAACGAGAAUGUGGUCAAUUGGCUGACCACUCUGGCGGACAGCUUUCGGGUGUCGGACGAUAUGGGCAAGCUGCGUCUGCAGUUCAAGCUCUUCCACAAGCCCCUCUUCAGCUGGAAGGGUAGCUAUGUAGUCACCCAGGUCGGUGCCGAGCGUUCGGUGUCCUUUGACAACGGCAUCGAUGGCUCCGUGGCCGAGGACUGCUUCUUUGCAAUGCGUGCCUUUAGCCAGGGCUAUACGUUCAACUUCAUCGAGGGCGAGAUGUACGAGAAGUCACCGUUCACACUGCUGGACUUUCUGCAGCAACGCAAACGCUGGCUCCAGGGCAUCCUGCUGGUGGUCCACUCCAAGAUGAUACCGCUCAAGCACAAGCUGCUGCUGGGCAUCAGUGUCUACUCGUGGGUCACCAUGCCCCUGUCCACGUCAAACAUCAUAUUUGCCGCUCUGUAUCCCAUCCCGUGUCCCAAUCUCGUGGACUUUGUGUGCGCCUUCAUAGCGGCCAUCAAUAUCUACAUGUAUGUGUUCGGAGUUAUUAAGUCCUUCUCGCUGUACCGCUUUGGAUUCAUCCGGUUCCUGGCCUGCGUGCUGGGUGCCGUGUGCACGAUACCCGUGAAUGUGGUCAUUGAGAAUGUGGCCGUCAUUUGGGGACUGGUUGGCAAGAAGCACAAGUUCUAUGUGGUACAGAAGGAUGUGCGCGUACUGGAGACUGUCUAAGUAAUUGAGGAGAUGGAGAGAUAUAGAGAUGGAGUCAUCAUCAUAUCGCCGACUGCCGCCUGCCGCCGCCGCCGCCUCAGCCUCAGCAAACCAAAUGAAACAAGAGAAAACAAAAUAAGGAAUCGCACAAUUUUUGGCCAGGUUCUUCAGUGUGUUGCCCUGCACGUCACUCGCGUCUGAUUGAUUUAUUUUAUUUGUACAUUUCCUAAGCAUAAGAUUCACCCACACCGCCACCACACCCCCCAAAAACACGCCGCACACACCACACUCUCUGCACACACACCACUAGCGCAUCUAAUUGUUGUUUCGUUCUAAAUCCGCUCAUCGUUCAUAAUAUUGCCAAAAACAAAAGUAAGGAAAAUAAUUAAUUAUAAAAUGGAAAAGAAAUCAAAGAAAAUAAGAAAAGAUGAGGGCCUGAAAUGCCCGAAAGAACAAAUGUUAUAGACAAAUGUGUUGAGACGAGAUCGAUCUAUGUAUGAAAAUGCACGCACUACUCACGCACACAAAAAGAAAACCAACACACAACAAACACACACCACAGCCACAACAAACGAUAAAUACGAAAUACGAAAACAUCCAACAUUUAGAAACAAAACAAACCAGAAAGGAAAAGAACUCUCCAUUAAGUGUAACUUUCAUUAUUAUUUUUUUGUAUAGUCUGUAGUGAAGAAUGCGCUAUAUUUAUAUAUGAAUAUGAAUAUUGUAUGUAUAUUGUGUAGAUUUAUUAUUACUAUUACUAUAUUAUUAUUAUUUAAAACUCGUGUACAUUAAUGUAUUGUAAAUUUAUAAUCUGUUGAAAAUAUUAUUCACACCAAAAGCAAAGAAACGAUAAAACAAAAUGAGAAAAGAAAUCCAAUGUACUUACCUGUGCAAAUUAUCGAUGUGAUGGCGAGUGAGUGAAGUACAACUCACUCGCCAUCACAGCCAAGAUGCAAUUAUUGCAAUUAUUCCGCUGCACUCCUUGAGUGUGCUUGAAUAAUUGUGAUUUGUGAAAGAGGAGAGGAGACCUCGACUGUCGAAUUUCUCUGUUCUUUAAUUUCGUACUGAACUCUAUGUUUUAUUUAUGUAUUGUUUUUGUUACAAUUCCCUCUUUUUUUUGUAUUGUCCGUCUUUCUGUUUGACUGUUAUUGGUGCUUUGAGAACCACACCAUGCCCACCACCCCCAAACAAAAAGUGCAAAACACUUGCAUUGCUAUCACCUCGUAAAUCCCAAAACGGCGAAAAGGAUGUCGCCCAAAAAUACACUACACACACACACACACACAAACACAUUAAACUGUUAUGAAAAAAGAACCAAAUAC